AUCAUACCUGCUCUCUCAUUAGAUGGCAUCCUGCACCUUGAUGUGCUGGAUUGUUCAUAUAUGUUAGCAACAUUCAAUGAGUUCGUAGUUGAUUUGCUCAAUAAUAUAAACCCUUUUCCUCAGAAAAUCUCCAUAAUUAUGAUGGAUAAUGCAAGCAUUCAUAAGUCACUGCAUUUCAAAGAAAUAGUUCAACAAAGCUAUGACUUUUGCUCUAGUUUUCAACAGCCAUCAAUUUGA